AUGAUGAGUAGAUUCAAAAUCGGCGGUUACACUACUCGGCAAUUACGCUCGCAAUGGUCUAGUCAAUCGUAUCUUCAUACAUCGACCAAAUUACAGCUACCUCGAUUCUCAAUAAGUCGAACGAGUCCCACCAAUCGCACUAGAAUUACCAAAGAAAUUACUCCAGAAGAAGUACAACGGUUUAAGGAAGCACAAGAACGUGCCAAAGAAAGAGGGUCAUUUGACCAAACUUCAUCGCCAUAUACUGCUAAUGACGACUAUCCAUCUUACCAAUCUCAGUUCUACAUUCCCAACAACACCAAUGGGAUCAUAACUCCUCAAGAUCCCAUCUAUGAUAUAUUAUCGGAACCUACUCUAGUGAUAGAGCGUCAGAUUGAGUUUAUGAAUUUAUUUAUUGGGUUUGAACAGGCAAACAAUUAUACAAUUAUGAAUUCCAGCGGACAACCAAUUGGGUUCAUGAGAGAGAAGGAUAUUGGAUUUGGUCGAACUUUGGGACGUCAAUUUUUCCGAUUACAUCGUCCUUUUGAUAUUGAUGUUUUCAAUAUGCAGGGAGAAUUGGCGUUGAGUAUUAAGCGUCCAUUUUCCUUUAUAAACUCUCACAUUAAAGCAUUGUUACCAGGGUAUGAUCAUAACAAUGAGAUGAUUUAUGAAGUAGUUGGUGAAAGUGUUCAAAGAUGGCAUUUAUGGAGACGGAAAUACAAUUUGUUUAAAUUGGAGGACGAAAAGACGGAUGAUUAUGAACAAUUUGGUGAUAUUGAUGCUCCAUUUUUAUCAUUUGACUUCCCAAUAAAGAAUGAACAUGGAAAGGUCAUUGCUAGUGUUGAUAGAAACUGGGUCGGAUUGGGUAGAGAGAUGUUUACUGAUACUGGUGUUUAUAUCUUGAGGUUUGAUCCUCAAAGUUUCCAAGGUAUGGAAAGUUAUUAUGGAGAUAUUAGUUCCAGUGGAGUUACAAUGGACCAAAGAGCAGUCAUUUUGUCAUGUUUCACCAGUAUUGACUUUGAUUACUUUUCAAGACAUAGUAGUGGACAUGGGUUAUUUUCCUUUGGUGGUAGUUACGACGAUAUAUAG